AGUGAAUGGUUGCGUUGAGAGCCCUCUGUCGGCAGUGAAAGGUGUGAUGUAUUGACAGACAAUUGACUGCAAAAAUGGUGGAUCUGUUGGAUGUGUUUUGUGGCGGCAUUUCAUACAUUCACUGAUCAGACAUACCAUACCAUUGAUUAGCACUUCGAAGACAACUAUUAAUCCGUGGAAAGGCCUCAACAAGUGAUUGACAAUAUGAGAGCUGUUCUCAAAUCACUGGAUGACUCCCACAAAGAGGUGGAACUGACGGUUGGAAAGACAACACUCGGCAGAGGAGUCCUUCUCGAUUGCUCCGAUAAGAAAGUGUCGCGAAAUCACGCCUUCAUUGAAGUGACAAAUGCCGGCGAAAUCCUAUUGACUUCGCAACACGUGAAUCCAUGCUUUUAUUACUCGACGGACGCGAGUAGUGUUCAGAAGAUAAUCAAGAAAGACAUGACUCAAGUGCUGUCUUCGGGCGAUAUCUUUAGCCUUUUGGCGAACUCUUAUAAAUAUCAACUAAUCGUCGAUUCGGACACAAAAGACGCCAAAACAGAGAACAACGACUCGAAGGCGAGCGAAGAGAAACGCGAAGAGAAUUCGGUGAACGGAGAGAACGACAGCUCGAAGAAUGACUCGAAGUCCGAGAACUCGAAGAAAGUGGAGGACAAUGACGACGACACGAAAGAUAACGAUUCCGUGGCCUCUGAUGUCAAGAAAAAUGAUAAGAAAGUGUCGGACGAGAAGAACUCUAUUAAGAAGAAAGUGAAAGCCGUUGACGAGAAUGAGAACAACAAAGAGAAGCAAAAGAAUAACGAAUCGGAAGAGGAAGAGGAGGAACAGGACGUGAAGGAGAAGAAAGAAGAGCCCAAAAAGAAAGGCAGACCUCAGGGACGACCCAAAGGGCAGACCAACAAAAAACCCAAAAAAGAAGAGUCCGAAGAGGACGAGAAGGACGACGAAGUGCCGGAUGAAGAGGACGAGGACGAGGAGGAGGAGAGCGACGACCAUAAGUCACCCAAAGGUCGCAAGAAGGGAAAGAGUGCGGCGCCGGCGGGAAGGGGUCGCCCGCGAAGGUCCUCACAGCAGACUAAACCCGCAAAUAAAUCCGUUGUCUCUCUCGACGACUAUGUGGUGAGCGAUGACGACCUCUGGGAGAGUGAAUCCGAAGAAGACGAUGACGACCUCUGGGAGAGUGAAUCCGAAGAAGAGUUUAAACCAAAGCGCGGAAAGAGAAGAGGAAGCGAUUCAGAGAGCGAUUGGGAAGUGGAACACAAACGCGGCGGUCGGACGGCUAGAAAGCGAUACAAUGAGUCGGGAAGUGAUUCGGACAGCGAUUGGGGGAAGAAGAAGAAGAAAACACCCAAAAAGUCGACGAAAAAACGCCAGAAGCCCACGCGAAAGAGUCCGCGAAAACAAUUGAGUGAAUCGGAGGACGAAAUCGAUGACAUCGACGACGAUGAGGAAGAGGAGGACGUGAAGCCAAAGGGUAGGCGAAGGGGUAAGAGAGCGGACUCGGAGGACGACGACAGUGAUGAUGACUAUAGAGGCGGUGGUGGGGGCCGGAGAGGCGCCAAAAAGAGUCCUAAAAAAGGAGGUCCCGGAAGACCUAAACGCGAGGUCGCUAAACGAGGGGCCAAAAAGAGAGCGCGCGAUGAGGAGGACGAAGAGGAUGAGGAGGUGUCCGAAGACGACUCGAUGACUAAAAGGAAGCGAAACUCACGGAAAGCCGAAGAAUCUGAAGACGAAGAAUCUGAUGGCGAAGAUGUGGACAGUUUGGUAAAGGAGGCCAAAGGGUUUGUGCGAAACAAGAAUUCGGCCAAAAAAGUGUGA